UCGUAAAAUUAACGUUCGUGAAUACCAAUGAUCAUUGGUUGAUGAUUUGUCGUUGAUCAUGGGUUGAACGAUCCGAUGUUUAGCAACCGGUUUGGUGAAUACGGCCGAAUGUAUUAACUGUGACCUUCUCGAAAAAGUUUCGUAAAUAAACAAACGAUUUUUCCGGUAUCUUGUUAGAAAUAUUUAUUAAGUAAUCGCAUCAUCAAGAGUCUUGUGGGUGCGAAAAUUGCCGCAUUGUAUAAAACAGAAAUAUAUAAUUAGCUGGAAACGUACACAUCGAAAAAUAGCAUAUUUUCACACAAGUAGAACAGACGUAAAUAAUGCUUUUUGUAGCAUACCGUAACAAUGUUUGAAUCUUUGUUUUUCUCUGCUAUUUUUCUAUAAACAUGGCCAUCGGGGUUUUACACCUCUAAUUAAAGAAGCCGAUUUAUUGUAUUAUUUUGUUUAAUUGUUGAAAUCGUUAAAUAAACAUUUUUGGAAUCAUGAUAUUUCCUUCAUUUAUUAGUCGUCAGCAUAUAUUUUUAGUAAAUAGAAAAUUCAUAAAGGCAGUUAAGGAAUUAAAACAACAAGUAUUUCUAUAUAAUCAAAUACAUUCAACAGCAAACAAAGAAAAUAAUGAAAAUCAAGUAACAUAUAUGUGGGGAUCUGAUUCCAACUUGCUCAAUAUUGUAAGUGAACAUUUCAAAUUGUAUGAAAAUUUUAUUUCGGAAUCAGAGGAAGAAAAUCUUAUGAAAGAAAUAGAUCCUAUAUUUAAACGUCGACGAUAUGAAUUUGACCAUUGGGAUGGUUUGUAUUGUACAGGCUAUCCAAGGCUACAAAGAAACAGAAAAAGCAGACUGGAAUGAAGAAAAUAGUAAAAUUAUUCAAAGGCUCCAAAAGUUGGCUUUUCCUGCUGAAUGUAAAACUUUGAAAUUAGUUCAUGUUUUAGAUUUAUCAAAAGAUGGUUACAUUAAACCCCAUGUUGACAGUGUCAGAUUUUGUGGUAAUAUUAUUUCUGGCAUAUCACUGCUCUCAUCAUCAAUAAUGAGGCUUGCAAUGGAGGAAAAUAAAGAAAUGUUUGUUGAUGUUCUUUUACAAAGGCAAUCAUUAUAUAUCAUGAGUGGUCUUGUGCGAUACAAAUUCACCCAUGAAAUUUUGAAAGAUUCGGAGUCCUUCUUCAAAGGAAUUGCAGUGCCUCGGGGUCGUCGCGUAUCAGUAAUAUGUAGAAAUGAACCUGAAGAAAAAAUCAAGACUGAUGUGUAAAGUUUGCCUGCCCAGUGUGUAUUUGAAAUUUCUAAACUUUGUAUGAAGUUCAAAUUACUUUGUGUAUGAAAUUCAAAUGUUCUUAUUAAUUAAAACAAUGCACGUGUU